AUGGGAGUGAAGAGGCUUCAUGGAAGUCUGCUGCUGCUGGCUGUUUGGCUGUGGAGCGUGUUGGUAGUUCAGGUGCACAGCUGUCCAGAUGCCUGCAGGAAGUGUUCAGGGCCAGAAAAUGACCAGUGUGAGGAAUGCAGAGCUGGAUGGACACUCCAUAAAAACACCUGUGUAGAUAUUGAUGAGUGUGGCACCGAGCUGGGUAACUGUUUACCAAACAGUUACUGCUUUAACACAGAAGGAUCCUUUGAGUGCAGAGGCUGUGAUGUGUCCUGUGUGGGCUGUAUGGGUAGUGGACCGGCUCGCUGCAGGAAAUGUGCCUCAGGGUACAGACUGGAAGGGUCCAAGUGUUUGGAUAUAGAUGAAUGCAGUGACCGCGUACUUGCCUGUCAUGGCCUGGAUGAGAUCUGUACCAACACAGAAGGUUCGUUCCGCUGUGACUGUGCUGAAGGAUUCAUCCGCAAAGACAGAGAUUGUGUGAGGAAGCAGCAGCCUGUUGUCCAGGAGAAAGGUCUGUUUGAGGAUAUCCAGGAUGAGGAGGUGGAGGUCCUGCAGCAGAUGUUUUUCGGGGUUGUGCUUUGUGCUCUGGCCACACUGGCAGCCAAAGGAGAUAUGGUCUAUACGUCUGUGUUCAUGGGAGCAGUGGCAGCCAUGGCAGGUUACUGGCUUUCUGACAGAGGAGACCGUUUGAUUGACAGCUUCCUGAAGGGACGUUAAAGCUCCAAAAUGUUACAAAAAGGACAUUUCUUAUGUGCCAGGGCAUGCACCACUGCUCAGCAAAUUCAGACAAAGCAGGUGAGUCUUCUAGUGCAGUCAAACGUAUUAUGGACAAUAUAUGUUAUUUAAAAAAGACUUGGUUGCUACAUCUUUUUAUCAUUAUACCACAAGUUAAAGUCAGAGGCAGGAUAAAAUAGCCUUUAAUUGCUCUUUUUAAUUGUGCUUGCUUUUUGGGAAUGAUGCACAUUUGCAAAUUAAAUGCCUUGAAAGUGAGAAAACAACAUGUUCAAAGUCUUGAAAGCAGAACAAAUUUAAUGCCAAGCAAGAAUGUAUUAAAGACUCCCUCCAGUGAAAGUCAAGUUUUUACCUUGUUGACAUGUCCAUAUGGUAUUUUUAUGUCAGAAGACAUCAUGAGCAAAACAAGCAGUCAGUGCCAUGGACCAACAUCUCCACCUUGACACUGCAGUUUUCUGAUGACAGUCUCAAAAACACAUAUUCAGACUCCUGUUGUGAACACAGAGCAGUUUUACAGUGGUGUAGGUGAGCUGGUGUGCCUGAGCUGCAGUGAGUAGUGGAUUCGUUGGUGCAGACAGAGGCAGGGACUUCAUAAAUCUACAAAUUCUAGACAAAACCACAGUGCCAUGUUCCACCUAACCAUUUUUAGACAUGAAGAGAUUAUUUUCAUAGAAAAAAAACAACCUGAAACUUACAAAUCGGUAUAUUUUAAAUGCUUAAAUAAGUUAUUAGGGGCUUAAUCAAUGGCCAAAGAGGUAUAUUAAAGGAGAACUGAUACCAUCCAUCUAUCCUUCCAUUAUCUAUACAGCGCUUAAUCCUCAUUAGGGUCGUGUGGGGUCUGGAGUCUAUCCCAGCUGACUUAGGGUGAAGGCAGGGGACACCCUGGACAGGUCACCAGUCUACCACAGGACUACACAUAGAGACAAACAUGCACACUCACAUUCACACCUAUGGACAAUUUAGAAACAUCAGUUAACCUCAACAUGUUUUUGGACUGUGGGUGGAAGCUGGAGUACCCGGAGAAAACCCACUCAUGCACAGGGAGAACAUGCAAACUGCAGGCAGAAAGAUCCCAGACGCAGGCCGGGACAUGAACCGGGGAUAGAACUGGUACGGCAUCCAGAAAUUGCACCCAAUAAGCCAAUUCGGAAUCUCGCUGCGUGCAAGGUAUGCUGGUCCGGGUCAAAGGUCGGGAUACCCCAGAUCAUAAACAUGGCGGAGUGCCACGCAGAUAUUGAUUACUUUGAGCGUUGUAAAGUCGAUACUUUAAAGGAAUUUUGUAAGAAACGAGGAUACGGUGUUAUCGGGAAGCCAAAGAAAGAACUCGUGUCCCUUGCUUGGGCAUUGUCAUUUCAAAAGGCCCCAAUAGUUUUAACAAAACAGCAGGAAAGGGAGGCUGUCAACCUUGAUUAUAAAUCCCUCCUCGAGAUCGAUGUUGACGGGUGUCACCUGAGAAUUCCAGAUCCUUUAGAGCUCAGAGAAGGUUGGGAGAAUGAGUGGACAGCAGCAAAUAAAUGGCCACCCUGCAUGUACAUAGAUAUCAAUAAUUAUCUGAUUAGCAAGGACGAGCAAAACUUGCUAACGAGACUUGCUAACGAUUACAAAGAAGGUAAUAAUAUAUGAUCUUAUGUCAAACUUACUAAUUUAAUCCAUUCGGCAUGACGUUCUGGAUCUUUUCGUCCAGUAGGAAAUGUAACGAGUACAUAAGGCGGGUCACAUAGACAGCGCGAGAUUCCUUUAUUGCACUCGUGAAUAGGGCAAAACUCUUCCAUCCACUUCUUUAGCCCACGGGUACCGUUGUGGCAGUCCCGCACUGAACUAUGGGGACCUGGCAUAUUGCCUUAAAAAGACUUUAAGCAGUGUAAACACUUAAUAGUCGCUACAAAUAGCAGGUCGUUCCACUGCGAUAGUAUGGCUUCGUCGAGCUUUGUUGAUAACGUAGUGUGGGAUAAACUCUGACCCGGAAGCUAUUGAGGGAUAAACGCGUACUGAUAAUUCCGAUUUGGCUUAUUAAUUCCUAUGAAAUUUGUUUACUGGAGUGUGCACUGUGUGGUAUUUCCAGUUCACGAAAAUAAAUAACCAGCCGAAGAAACGUCAUCUAUGCUUCACUUCCUAGCGUUAUUUCUCUUCUUCUCCCUCACUUACUGAAACCACCUGUACAUCACCUUAAUAUGGUCAGUAGCGCCUCCUGGUGACAGCUUAUUAUAACUAGAGAACACAACACUUAAAUGCCAGCCAUGUUUGUGCUAGCUUUGUGCUGGCUUCCUGUGCUUCUGCAUUUUUGGGUCUUUAGAACAGGCACAUUGGCUCUUUUCUCCCUUUGAGUGGCCACUUGUGUAUUGCAAUGAAAAAAUCCCCUGCGUGCCAAAAAUCCUUGUUCUCAUAGACCACAAUUGCAAAAGAGAACAAAGACUCCUCCAGCUGCAAGUGUUUAAUCUUUAAAUUGCAAAUGUUUAAUCCAUGUAGAUUGUUGUUUCAUGUUUGUCAGAACAUAGAAAAGUGAGUUCUGAUGAGAUGACAUCAUCCAAAUAAAUGCAGCUGAGCACAAUUUACAUUGAACUGAGCCAGCAAAGAUUUCUGACUUGAAAUUUUUUGUAUUUAAUAACCUAAAAUCCAAUUCUUAUUGGUUAGAAUACAAUUUCAGAUGUCUUGAAUAAUAAUUUCACAUUGUGAUCUUGACUAGCCGUAUACAAUUGCGGUUAUUUAAUUUAAAGUUGUCAAAUGUUUGAGUCUUGCCAUAGGUACUGGAUCAAAAACAAAAUUGUGGAGUCUUGUGGCGUUUUAGAAAGCAGCAGGAGACAUCAAGACAACACAGUAAAAGUGGGCAAAUGUUUCAGAACAGAAUCUCUCUAAAGGAUUUACUAUCCCCACCAUUUUCCCCUGAAAGAUGCCAUUGUUGUUUGUGUGAGUUAGAAAUGGGCCAUGAUUGUUCCAUACUUUAAGUAUCUGUCAUUUGGAGCAACCACAAUGCACUGUUGCUGAAUGUAACUUUAAUAAAGAAUUUAUGUGUCUGUACAAGUAUAUGUUCCUAAGCCAUGUAGUUUAUACUAUCAGGCUCAUACACAAUAUCAGUCAUACUGUAUUGGUUCUACAGCUGUAGUGUAGAAAUCAUUGCUAAUGUUCUCCAUGUGCACAUUUUUCAUGAUAUAAACCACCAUUAGUGAAAAUUACAAUUCAGGAUCCAAAACUUUAAUAUAAUUCACCAUGUUUGUAUUAGCAGGAAGCAAUUAAGAUUGAUAUGAUUUUAACUUGGAGGAGAAAAUCACAAACAAAGACGGAAAGAAAGUCACCUUUAUUUGAUGGAUAUAAACAAGCUGGCCGACACUCAAUAGUAAUAUUCUGAUACAGCACAUACAAUAGCAAACAGGGGCACUGAGGACAGCCUCCUAUUGUUUAAAAAACAAAAAACAUUACAGAGUAUCCAUGCUUCAUUCAAAAUGUACUCAAUCUCACAGUUUUUUUUCUCUAGGGACUCUCUGAUAAAGUUUUUUUAAAUAGAAUUUUCUCUUGUGCAUUCAUAACACACACACACACACACACACACACACACACACACACACACACACACACACACACACACACACACACACACACACACACACACACACACACA